AUGGUCGAAAAUUCUAGAUUCAGCGAGAGAGAGAGAGUCCUCGUCCAUUAUCCGACUUUCCAUCCUUUCUCUAUCAUUUUUAAGGUCACCAGCCGUGCAAGCAAGAGAGGAGGUUCGGAUAGCAGGUCUGGGGAUCCUAUUUCAUCGCUGAUCCUCAGAUCAUUUCAGUCGUGGGUGUUGUCGGACCCUCUUUCUCCUCCUCCAUUCUUUCCGUUCAAGAAUCGUGAGCACGCAAGGAACUGGUCUAACAGUUUUGGAGGUCUGAUUCAUGAAAGGGUGGCUGGUGUGUGGCUGUCGUCUUCUCCCCUGUUCCGUCGACCCUUUCUUUCUCCUCCUCUGUUCGUGUUUUUUUGUGCUGUCCGUGUGGAGAUAGCAUAGCGGACCUUGUACUUCCAUUAGAUCCUUGAAGGCAUUUUACUUCGGGACUGAAGUUGAGACACCAU